UGUCGGUCUGCGGCGCUCGUCGGGCGCCGUGUGCUCGCGCUCCUGGUCCGUAGGGCGCGCACCCUCUUUCGCUCGGCGUGUGCAGCGCUUGUCGCACCUGGCCACUUCGCCGGUUCGCAUCUGGCUGCAGAUCGGAGGUGAAAUGUGCCCCCCUCGGCGGAGCACCAUGUGACGGUGUGCGUACGACGGAAGGACUGUUAAGGCGCUGCCUGUCAGUUGCGAGUCGCCGUUGUGGGAACAACUUGAGCAAAACAAAUAACAGUUCCGAAAGACUCCAGCUGGUCCUGACCGCGCGGACCUCAUCGUCGCAGUUUCUCGAACCAGUCGGUGACCGAGCGUUUCACGUGGAGGACAGCAAGUGCGAAAACUGCGCGUGACAUCUCGCUCAGCUGUUUCUUGCUGCCAAUUGGAGCGCGUCUACGGUAGGGACGCUGAAGGGGCUCGUUAUGUGAGGCACCAAAAACCCGGAGCCAACCUGCCACCACUCCGCCGCAAAUCUUCUUGUGAAGAUGACAGACUUCCCAAGCAAUUGAAGGCUACGGUCGACUCUAAAACAGCCGGGGGCGCGGCCGGCAUGCUGCAGCCGUGGCGCAAGCGGCGGCCUGGCGCCUGGAGUCCGUGCGCGGGCCGCCGGUUUCCUCCCCGGGCCGCGCACGCCGUCCUGGUGGCGGCGGCCGCCUGCUCGGCGUACGCCUCGUCGCUGGGCGUCGGGCUGGUGUUCGACGACCUCGCGGCGGUCAAGGCCAACCGGGACCUCAGGCAGAGCACGCCCAUCGCCAACCUUUUCUUCAACGACUUCUGGGGGACGCCGCUUCGGAAGGAACAAAGUCACAAAUCCUACCGUCCACUGACAGUGCUGACGUUCCGACUCAACUUCGCUGUCCACGGUCUCGAUCCGUUCGGCUACCACUUGGUGAACCUUCUCUUGCACGCCCUGGUGUGCCUCCUCUAUCACAGGAUGUGCCUGAUGCUCCUGCCGGGCUGGACGUCUCUGCUGGCGGCGCUGCUGUUCUCCGCCCAGCCAAUCCACACUGAAGCCGUGACCAGUAUAGUGGGGAGGGCGGAGCUGCUUUCUGCAGUAUUCUUCUUGGGUGCCUUACUUUUCUACAUUCGACACGGAGCUAGUACUGCGGUCUGCAAAGAACAGAGUAAUGGUCACUGGAGGCGUUGCCUAACUACGUUCGCUCUGGCAACGGCGGCGAUGCUUUGCAAGGAGCAAGGCAUCACAGUUCUUGCAGUCUGCUGCAUCUACGAGCUUGCUUCAUGUGCUAAUCCCUGGAGCUCGUCAUGGACAACUGCGUGGGGGGCGCUGAAAGAUAGCCUCUACCGAGUAUUCACGUUGGCGUCGUUGGCAACUGCAGCAGUUGUGGCGCGCAUUCACUUCAAUGGGCCCCACCUGCCUGCCUUCAACCGCUUCGACAACCCGGCAUCAGUUGCCCCGUCGCCGUCACGCCAGCUGACCUACAACUAUCUGACAGCGUUGAACGCCUGGCUCCUAGUCUUCCCUAGUGAUCUCUGCUGUGAUUGGACAAUGGGAACAGUGCCGCUAGUGACGUCGCUGGCGGACGUGCGGAACCUUGGAACGAUCGCCCUUUACCUUUUCUUAGCGAUGGCUACCAGGGCAGCGCUCCGAGCCGACGAGCAACACCGAAAGCCAUUGCUUAUGGGACUGUCCUUGGCUUGCAUACCGUACCUACCUGCGUCCAAUCUCCUGCAUCCUGUGGGCUUCGUUAUCGCUGAGCGGGUGCUCUACCUGCCAAGCCUAGGUUUCUGUCUCCUGGUGGCACAGGGUUUCAGCCUCCUCUGGCAGCAGCACAGGUUUCAUGGAGCUUGGCUUAAAGUGGGCGUCACCAUAUUGCUCCUUACCCACUUCACGAAAACGUUUCUUCGUAACUAUGACUGGUCGUCCGAACAAGCCUUGUACCAGUCUGCGCUUCGUGUGAAUCCAAGGAACGCAAAAAUGUUGAACAAUCUCGGACAAGUCUUGGAAGCGUCCGGAGCAUUCGAAGAAGCGCACUCUCACUUCACUCGGGCUAUCAGGGCUGAGCCUGAUGACAUUCGAGGCCACCUUAAUUUGGGCAGGCUUUUGACAACUAUGCGCCACUACGAAAAAGCUGAAGCCGCUUUCGUGAAGGCCUUGAGCCUCCUGCCAAAGCCCGAGUCCAGCCAAUCCCCUAGCCUUGUGCGGGUCACUUCGAGCCACCUUCAAGUGUACCUCGACUUUGCGUUCUUGAUAGCGCAAAAUAGCAGUCGGAUGGAUGAAGCCGACAAGCUGUAUCAGGAGGCAAUCAGCCUCCGCUCAGACUUCACUGAUGCGUACCUAAACAGAGGAGAUUUCUUGCUUCGCAUGAACAGGACAAAGGAAGCAGAGGCUAUGUACGAGAGGGCUUUAGAACUAGAUGAGAACAAUCCAGACUUGUACUACAACCUGGGCGUCAUCCUCAUGGACCAAGGCCGCAAUGAUGAAGCUAUGGCUCUGUUUAACCGCGCGCUGGAGCUUGAGCCUGACCACGAGCACGCCCUUCUCAACUCUGCCUUGUUGCUUCAGGAAGCAGGAUCUGCAAGUCAGAAGAAAGUGGCCAAUGAAAGGUUGGAGAAAGUUGUCCACAGUGGAAAGAGAGACGAACGGGCCUACUUCCAUCUGGCCAUGCUGGCGCUUGACAAAAAAGAUCCAGUCGCCGCUGAGAACUGGCUGCGCAAGGCUGUACUGGUGCAACCUAAGCUGCGAAGCGCUCUCUUCAACUUGGCGUUGCUCUUGUCGGAGCAGCAACGACCUAUGGAAGCCAUGAGGUUCCUGAAAGAUCUCCUAAAGUACCACCCGAACCACAUCAAGGGCUUAGUACUGCUCGGAGACAUCAACGUCAAUCACCUCAAGGAUUUGGAGGCAGCCGAAGAGUGCUACCGCAGGAUCCUGGCCCUGGACCCGGGCAACGUACAAGGCUCGCACAACCUGUGCGUCGUGUACGUGGAGCGCGGGGAGCUAAGCCGAGCCGAGCGCUGCUUCAAGCACGCCACCACGCUGGACCCGAACGCCACGUACAUCCGCAAGCACCUGCAGGUCACGCAGACGCUGCUCAGGAACCGCUCGGUGGACGCGGAGCGCCGCUCAGGCGCCGCCCUCGCCGCGCCUCAACCGCCCGUCCUGCAGCCGUUCGCCUCCGCCGCCGCCGCAUCGGCCGCCAACGCGCAGUGACUCUGGACGGCCAGCAGCGGCAACUUUCGUGGCGAGAGCCGUGCGCCGUAGAAGGCGCUCCGGGAGCAGGCGCACGGCUCCGCAGAAGAGCGCGACCAGCGUUCGAGACUGUUGGUCAGCCAACGCGGUUGAAGGGUCCACCGCCACGCACCGUCGUGGGUGAUCGCCCAGUGGCGACAGCUGCGAGUGCUCGCGAAUCGUUUCCGAUGGUGUUAGCAGGGGGCAUCUGCCAGCGUUCCUGGUGGCCUCUGCGCGCUGUUGGCUUUGCGCAAAGACGUUCCGCUAUGCUAUGACGCUUGUGCGACGACCUCCAAAUGUAGAAGACAAAGUGGAGGGAGGAAAGUCAUUUUAGUGGUUGUACAAAAGCCACUCUAGCUGCAUUUUUUUUUCUUUCGCUCCGAGAAUGUAAUUGUGCACCUCGCUGCACGGUGAUACUUACAGCGGCACAUUCCUCAGGUUACAGACCGUACAGUUGAACGAGUGGCGUAUUCAUCGCUUGUCAGUAGGAGCAUGUGGUUCACCAUGCCUAUUGAAAGUAUGUGUUGUGAAGGCUGAACUAUGAACGGAUGUGUCAAAGGUAGGCUGUUGUCCGACUUCGGCUGAGGGAGAGAGUACAUGAACACUGUCAGCCUUCGUUAUAGAAUCGAAUAUUUUCGUCCAGACAAUAUGUAAAAACAAGUUCCUAAAUCCUUUGGUAAACCGGCUGCACAAUUAGCGCGUAUUAAACAGUACGAAGGACCUUACUUUUUCUUUCAUAUUUAUGCCAAGUUAUUAAUGUGUUAUAUAAUCCUCUUGACACAAAAAUAUUUUUUGUAGUUGAGAUAAAUUUCCUUUUUUGUGUUAACUUGCAGUAACGAAGGAAAAGUGCCACACCAGCUUCGUAUAAUAAAUAUGAGACAUCGGCAAUUUGGGCCAUGAAUAGCUUGUUUAUGGCUCACUGAGAAUAUUGGCAUUGCUUGCAAUAUCUACAAGAAAGCACCGAUAGCUUGCAUCGUUUUGCUCGUGACCUUGUUGAAAAACAGUGAAAUUGUUACAUUUGCCUUCACUAAAGUAUAGCGUCAAGUUCGCUAUUGUACAGCAUAAUACCCUGCGUUAAUGUAAAGGAAUUUCGUAGGUUAUUCUCAGCGUGAGUGGUGCUGAUACACAUAAUUCGAUCUUCUGUCUUGAUUCACGGAAAUAGCAAGAAAGCGAUCUCGUUUCUCUAAAUACAUUUGCUUUUAAUUUUAGAAGGAACAAUAAUAAUCUUCAUUCACACAGCUGCACAAUACCAUCGUGACUGAUUCACACAGUCUAUGGGGUCGCUACUUAAGUCUCAACACUGCAUGCUUAAAUAACUAAAAUAUCCUAUUUAUUCAUACAAAGUGCCAAAUUAGAUGUACGUAAAGAAAGAAUGAAUAGUCUUCUUUUUUUUCUUAGCACACUGGUAUGGCUCUUCGACGCUUAUUCACAGAACUAUGUUUAAUGCCUGCUGCACUUGUAUAUUAAUCAUUACCGCCCUAAGUUCUUAACGGCUGAAUGGUAACGAAGACUCCUGUUUGUCUGCUCUUAUUGUUUCCCAUUCAAUUAAGCAUCAUAGCAUUUUAUUCGAUAUUCGUGCUUUUUAUAGCUACUAGUUCACCUCCGGUAGUCGCGGUAGUUCUGAUUUUUUUUUAUCUACUCGUUACCACCGUCUUUAACUGGAUGAUUUUGAUAAGCACGCUGCAUAAGCAAACGAGUCAUUAACUAAUUUUCGUAUGUUAACAUUAAAUAGCACAGUAGAUUACUACGGAAACGAACAAAAUAGUCGAAAUUCGGGCUGUAAAUAGAUGGGGUUCAAGGAAAAGAACGUGAUCAAGAAAUUGCGGUGAAUGAAUGUCACAGAGUGUAUAUUUGCACAUUUUAUUGCUGACCAGUGCUUGUGUUCGCAGCCGCUAACGAGACAAGUGAUCUAUAUUUCGGCAAGUUAAAGUGAAACAUAAAAAGUGCACACACACACAUAUAUAU